AUGACCCGUGUACGAUGUAUUGUUAACACUAUCGAUCAGUUUACCGAUUAUGAUGAGUGUGCAUAUUUUCUCGAACAGAUCAAAGACGAAAAAAUAUUUAUGAUUAUAUCCGGUGAUCUCGUUGAACACGUGGUACCUGCCCUUCAUGAUACGCCGCAACUCGAUUCCAUCUUCGUUUUUUGUGGCAACCAGACACUAAAUGAACAAUGGGUCAGCACAUGGCCGAAAGUGAAAGGCGUCUUUACAAAUAUCGAACUCAUCUGCCAGUCACUUAAGAAAGCUGCACUCCGAUGUGAUCAAAAUUUCAUUCGAAUCAGUCUUGUUCCGCCGAAUGACACAUCUGCAACAUUCAAUCAAAAUCUCAAUCAACUGGACCAUACGUUCAUGUACACACAAAUUCUCAAAGAGAUUCUCCUCGAAAUCAAUAACUAUGGCACAAAGUGCGUUCAAGAUUUAGCCUACUACUGCCGUGAGCAAUCCAUUGAUUCUGGGAAUAUUGAUAAGUUCGAGCAAGAAUACCGCCUUCAAACACCUGUCUGGUGGUACACUUACGAUUGUUGCCUCUAUCCAAUGCUCAAUCGGGCAUUACGAACUCUUGAAGUAGAUACUAUAGUGAAAAUGGGCUUCUUUAUUCAUGAUCUCCAUCAACAAGUGCAACAACUUCACAACCAACAGGUAUCGGCAACAACAUUUGUUGUUUACCGAGGGCAGGGUUUGUCGGAGAACAACCUUCAAAAUAUACGAAAGAUGAAAGGUGGACUGCUAUCAUUCAACAAUUUCUUGUCGACUAGCAAAGAUCCUCAUGUAUCUUUCCUAUUCGCUGAGAGUGCUCUUUCGAACCCUGAAUUGGUUGGUAUCCUGUUCCAAAUGACCAUCAAUCCCGUUAUCUCGUCUGCUCCAUUUGCCGAUCUAAACGAAGUCAGCUGCUACAAGGACCAAGAACAAGAGAUUCUUUUCUCCAUGCACACAGUUUUUCGGAUUGAUGGAAUUACACAAGUUGAUGGCAGCAAUCGACUCUGGAGAGUUGAACUCACAUUGACGGUUGACAAUGACCCGCAAUUCAACGCUCUCACUGAACGAAUACGACAAGAGACUACAGGAUCAUCUGGAUGGUCCCGGCUGGGUCAGUUGCUCAUUAAACUCGGCGAAUUCGAUCAAGCCGAACGGGUAUACGAAACACUACUAGAUCGGAACACAUCUGAUGAGUGUGAGAUGGCUCGUCUCUACUAUCAACUAGGAAGGGUCAAGGAUAUGCAAGGUGAAUAUCGGACUGCACUUACGUUCUACGAUAAGUCACUUGAAAUUCGUGAAAGAGUUCUUUCUUCGAAUGAUCCCGAUUUGGCUUGUUCCUACAGCAGCAUCGGUAUUGUGUAUUACCACAUGGGCGACUACUCAGAAGCACUUUCGUCUCACGAGAAAGCGCUUGAAAUCCGACAAAUAGUUCUCCCUCCAAAUCAUCCCGAUUUGGCUUAUUCCUACAACAGCCUCGGCUUGGUGUACGACGAUAUGGGUGAUUACACAAAAGCACUUUCGUGUUACGAAAAAGACCUCGAAAUCACGGCAAUAGCUCUUCCUCCAAAUCAUCCCGAUUUGGCGACUUCCUACAACAAUAUCGGCUUGGUGUAUAGGAACAUGGGCGAUUACUCACAAGCACUUUCGUAUUACGGAAAAGCACUUGAAAUCUGGAAAAUAGUUCUCCCUCCAAAUCAUGCCAAUUUGGCGAAGCCGUACAUCGGCAUAGGCGUAGCGUAUUAUAACAUGGGCGACUACUCGGAAGCACUUUCAUCUCACGAGAAAGCGCUUGAAAUUCGACAAAUGGCUCUCCCUUCCAAUCAUUCCGAUUUGGCUUAUUCUUACAACAAUAUUGGUUUGGUGUACAGGAGCAUGGGCCAUUACUCGAAAGCACUGUCGUUUCAGGAAAAAGCACUUGAAAUCCGACAAAUAGCUCUUCCUCCAAAUCAUCCCGAUUUGGCGACUUCCUACAACGACGUCGGCAAUGUGUAUGACAAUAUGCAUAACUUUUCAAAAGCACUUUGGUUUUACGAACGUGCAGUUGAAACGGGACAACGUUCACUUCCUCCAGACCACUCUCAUCUGCAACUGUAUAGAAGAAACCUUGACAAUGCGAAAAAGAAUUGUAAAUAA